AUGGUUAGGAGCUCGACCGCCGGCGCCCCACCGCCCGUCUCUAACAUCUUCAAGAUGCAGAAAGGAAGACACAUCAAGAAGUCGUACGUGGACGUGUUCAACCCGAGCGGGGCGGCGACCAGGCCGCUGCCGCCCGCCGCCGAGCUGCUGGGCGCCUCCCUCCCGCCCGCCCCUAGCGAGGCGCCCAACUACUUCGUGCCCGCACCCACACAGGCUUUGGAAGUGAGCAUACCGGAAUUAUUACUGGAUUCCCCACUCCCAUCCCCGAUCCCAUCCAACCCUGAGAGCGGCUUCUACGAUCCAACACAAAUGACGACCGGCGACGAUGACCAAUACCGCAGUGGCAUAUAG